UUGUCUUACGUUAGAGCAGAAUUUCUUUAAUUAUAUUUUAUGUAAAAAGCAAUGCAAGACGUAAUAAAUAUGCAGCCGUCCGUUAUUUAUACUUUAUCUUCGAGUAGUCGUGCUGCAGGGUUAGUGUCAAGAAAAGUGUUUUGGUCUAGUAUAUAACAGGAAAAUGCCGGCCAGUAAGCCCCCUGCAGGUGUGGACAUUGAUCUUAAGGAUAAAGAUGUCCAAAAAGCGGCGGCAAUGAUUCAGAAAUCUUUCCGUGGGCAUCGUGUCCGUAAGAAGAUGCUCGAAGAUGGACCUCCCAGAUUCUUGGAUGGGCUUCAAGAUGUCACUAUUGUGGAAGGAAGUGCUUCAAGAUUGGACUGUAGACUCGGUGGAUUCCCAGAUCCAACUGUUACAUGGUUCAAAGAUAACCAAGAAAUAAAAGAAGGAUCUAACUAUCAAAUUAUCUUUGAAGAUCCGGACAUUUGUGCCUUAGUACUAUUGAAAGGUCGGGUCGAGGACAAUGGUCGCUAUUCCUGCAAAGCAUUCAACCAAUUUGGCGAAGUGUAUGAUCAUGCCAAAGUGGAAGUGUCAUCACCUGCCAAAAUUGAACAUGGUCCUUCGAAUAUAUCUGUAAAAGCUGGUGACACUGUUCAACUCGUUGCAACAAUAAGUGGCAAUCCUCUGCCCGAAGUCGGCUGGGCAAAGGGAGAUGUUGACAUCGAGGAGGAUCAUCGAAUUUCUUACGAGAUAGAUGAUGAUAAAACAGUUCUCACGAUUAAAAAAAUCACCAAAAAGGAUGCAGGAAAGUACGAAUGUUACGUCGAAAACGAACUAGGAACAGAUCAUACGUUCGCAAGAAUUGAAGUCAAAUGCUGAAGGAAAAUAUGAAUAUCACGUUUUCACGAAGCACUUGACAUUGCU